GCAGCGAGUGACCCGGAAAGGCACCGCAGUUUCACCUUGGAUGUUACCGGUUUGGAAUGGCUCACAUCUUGUUGUGCGAAUUUGACAUUUAGAACUAGAUUAAGACCCGAUAAAUUCACACAAAAAUCCGUUGUUGAAACCGGAGGAAGCAUGAAACGAGACGUGAGAAUCCUUCUGUUGGGAGAGCCUGGCGUGGGGAAGACCUCCCUCAUCAUGUCUCUGGUGGGGGAGGAGUUUCCAGACGAGGUGCCCCUCAGGGCAGAGGAGAUCACCAUCCCAGCCGACGUCACUCCAGAGAAGGUGCCCACCCACAUCGUGGACUACUCCGAGACAGAGCAGACGGAGGAGGUCCUGCAGGCGGAGAUCAUCAAGGCCAACGUGGUGUGUGUGGUGUACGACGUCACCAAGGAGGAGACCAUCCAGAAGAUCAAAACCAAAUGGAUCCCUUUAGUCAACGGAAACGCAGAGAAGGGAAACAAGGUUCCCAUCAUCCUGGUGGGGAACAAGUCGGACCUGCGCUCCGGGAGCUCCAUGGAGACCAUCCUGCCCAUCAUGAACCAGUUCUCUGAGAUCGAGACCUGUGUGGAGUGCUCCGCGAAGAACCUGAAGAACAUCUCCGAGCUGUUCUACUACGCCCAGAAGGCCGUGCUGCACCCCACGGCGCCGCUCUACGACCCCGAGGACAAGCAGCUGAAGCCUCAGUGUGUCCGCGCCCUCUCCAGAAUCUUCUACAUCUCCGACCGCGACAACGACCGGAUCCUCAGCGACGUGGAGCUCAACCGCUUUCAGAAGGCCUGCUUCGGGAACCCCCUGGCCCCCCAGGCCCUGGAGGAUGUGAAGACGGUGGUCUGGAAGAACACCAGCGACGGGGUCCAGGACAACGGCCUCACGCUCAACGGGUUCCUGUUCCUGAACACGCUCUUCAUCCAGAGGGGCCGGCACGAGACCACCUGGACCAUCCUCAGGAGCUACGGCUACGAUGACACCCUGGAGCUCACAGACGACUACCUGUACCCCCCGCUACGGGUUCCAGCGGGAUGCACCACAGAGAUCAAUCACCUGGGACACCAGUUCCUGCAGCGGUUGUUCGACAAGUACGAUGAGGACAAGGACUCGGCCCUGUCCCCCGGGGAGCUGAGGAACCUGUUCUGCGUGUUCCCCUACACGCCCUGGGGCCCCGAGGUGUUCAGCUCCGUGCCCACCACCGACCAGGGCUACCUCUCCCACCACGGCUACCUCUGCCAGUGGACGCUCUCCGCCUACCUGGACAUCCACCGCUGCCUGGAGUACCUGGGUUACCUUGGUUACCCCAUCCUCGCCGAGCAGGACUCCCAGACCACCGCCGUCACAGUGACCCAGCAGAAGGAGCUGGACCUGGCGAAGUCCCAGACGCAGCGCACGGUGUUCCUCUGUAAGGUGAUCGGGCCGAGAGGAACCGGGAAGACGGCCUUCCUGCAGGCCUUCGUGGGCCGCAACAUCGUGCUCCACGGGACGGGCAGCAACGCCCUCUCCCCCUACACCAUCAACAAGGUGACCGUCAACAACCAGGAGCGCUUCCUCAUCCUGUACGAGGUGGACGUGGAGACGGAGUUCCUGAAGGCGUCGCACGCGUCCUGCGACGUGGCCUGUCUGAUGUACGACGCCAGUGACCCGCAGUCCUUCGACUACUGCGCCAGCAUCUACAAGCAGCACUACAUGUCCAGCCAGGUGCCCUGCGUGCUGGUGAGCUCCAAGGCCGACCUGGCCGAGGUGAAGCAGCUCCACGGCACCACGCCCGCCCAGUUCUGCUACAAGCACCGCCUGCCCCCACCCAUGGCCUUCUCCGUCCUGUCGCCGGACGCCAGCGCCGACGCCAUCUACACCAAGCUGGCCUGGGCCGCCAUGUUCCCCCACCUGAAUGGCUCGGAGCUGAGCAGCUCCUUCUGGCUCCGCGUGGCGCUGGGCGCGGCCGCGGCCGCCCUGCUGGGCGUCGCCCUCUACCGCACCGCCGGGCGCCAUAAAUGA